GGUCCUUUGCCUGGUAGUUAGGAAGUGAACAACACAAGCGGAGAAGAAUUUUCUCACACGUGUGUAUUUACUCCUGCAGGUUUCCCUCAGUGCUGAGUCUGAAUCCCUAACAUGGGCAGUGAUGAAGAAAAGUAUGACGGGAUGUUGCUUGUGAUGGCACAACAGCAUGAAGGCGGGAUACAAGAGCUGGUCAACACUUUCUUUAGCUUCCUCAGACGAAAAACAGACUUCUUUACUGGAGGUGAACCUGGAGCUCCUGAAAAGCUGGUGAAAGAGGCGUUCGCUCAUCACAGUCAGCUGGCACUGAAGGCCCAGAGAGAGAAACAGUCCAGACAGGAGAAAGAGAAGAAGGAGAAAGCGGAAAGAGCCGCCAAGCUCAAGGCUGAGGAGGAGAGGAAGAGGAAGGAGGCUGAGAACGAGCCCCGAAUCAGAGAGCUCACAGACGAGGAGGCAGAGAGACUCCAGACAGAAAUAGACCAGAGGAAAGACAAGGAGGAGAAAAAAGAGAAAGGGUCUGAAAGCAGCACUGCAGAUGCGUUGGAGAAAGCAGAUAAACAGUCUGACUCGGAAGGAGAGGAGGAUGAAAAGGAUAAGGACAAGAUGAAGCCUAAUGCUGGAAAUGGAGCAGACCUGUCCAACUACAGGUGGACACAGACCCUGUCUGAAGUGGACCUUGUCGUGCCUUUUGAUGUGAAGUUCCGCCUGAAGGGGAAGGACGUGGUGGUGGAAUUUCAAAGGCGUCAUUUAAAGGUGGGCUUAAAGGGCCACCCACCUGUGAUUGACGCACCCCUUUUUAACGAGGUGAAGGUAGAGGAGAGCUCCUGGCUCAUUGAUGAAGGAAAAAUAGUGACCGUCCACCUAGAGAAGAUAAAUAAAAUGGAGUGGUGGAACAAGUUGGUGACCACAGACCCUGAAAUCAACACCAAGAAAAUCUGCCCAGAAAACUCAAAGCUUUCUGAUCUGGAUGGCGAGACACGCAGCAUGGUGGAGAAGAUGAUGUAUGACCAGAGGCAGAAGUCCAUGGGCCUACCCACCUCUGAGGAGCAGAAGAAGCAGGACAUCCUGAAGAAGUUCAUGGAGCAGCAUCCUGAAAUGGAUUUCUCCAAGGCCAAGUUCAGCUAAGAAGCCCUACAUUCUGCAUUUCCAAGCUUCUUAUCCCGAACAUCUCGAUUUCUGUCCCCUGACCUGUACGUUGCUUGUUCACCGCACAGUGAAAAAGGUCCUACUCCAAAUCAUGUUGCAAACUUCAUUGUUUUCUGAAAAUUUCAGUCAUGUUUACGGUUCUUUUUUUUUUUUAAAUAAAUAAAUUCAAACUCCAUGACGUGAAA